AAGAUGCAUCGUUUGUGAUUUAAUAACGUUUCGCUAUUGAGUUAUUGAUCUCGGAAGUUCGAAUGUGUGAUUAUUUCCAACUUUACCGAAGUGAUUCCCAGCCAGUCUUGCAUACGUCAUGAAGUGUUACGUCAACUUGAGUUUUAACUUUCACUUUUGAUUUUAGUUUGAAGUGCAGCUGCUCCGUGUCUUCGCUGGUUGUCUCUUUUUUCACUUCGACAGGAAAUUAUAAACCAGCAACGAAACACAGAAGAGGUCAUGGCUGACUUCUGCGAUACGCGCCCGAUGAACGGCCAGACGGACGGUGGUCUGGAUCUGGAAGAUGACGCCAGCGGGUUGGAGGAGGCCAAGAAAGAGCUGGAGACAUGGAAGGCUAAAGCAGAGCGAGCUGACGAUGUGAAAGCCAGGCUGAUAUUGGAAAAGCUGGAAGAAGAUGAGGCCAAGGCGAAGGCCCAGCAGGAGAUGUUGGCUUACGUUAAGAAGCAGGAGGAGUGUCAGAAGGACUUCAGUCAAAGCAUGGACGCAGUGCAGGUCCAGAUCCUGCAGCUGACUGGCAGAAAAAAGGACCUGCAGGACAAACUGAAGAGAUGUCAGACUCAGCUGGAAGCCAGGAGGGCCGAGUCCACCAAGCUGAAGCAGAAGUUCAAGAUCUACGCUCAGAUCCCAGACACAGAGGUGAAGUUCAGUGAUCCGGUUGAAGAGGAGGAGGAUGGCGACAGCCAGCCAAUCAGAGCAGUGUUUGCCAUCAGCCAGAGAGCCGGCGUGCUGCUGCAUGGAGGACAGGCGCUCAUCACCUUCGAGGAGGAGAAAGUGGCAUCUCAGGUCUUGAAGAUCGCCAAGUGCUCUGUGUCCAUCGAGAACACGACUGUGGACGUGAAACCAAAAAGAAUAACCAUGGAUCCUGCUGUUAAGUUUGAGGUGCACCUCGAUGUGUCCAGAAAGGAGCUGAAAGUGUCCAACGUCCCCCCCUCCAUGCCGGAGGAGAGGGUAGCGGACCGGCUAGAGCUGAGCUUCUCCAGGCCCAGCAGAGGAGGAGGAGAGGUGGAGAGGGUGGAGUACGAUAAAAACACGGGGACAGGAUGCAUCACCUUUCUCUGCCCUGGAGUGGCUGACAGCCUGGCCCUGACAAAAAGUUACCGUGUGGAUCUGGAUCCGGAGGUGAAGGUCCAGGUCGGCCCCAGUUACAGUUACCAGCUGCGCAAGUUUCAGACCUUCUGUGGCGCUCCGAAGCGCACCAUCCUCCUGGAUGACAUCGAGGACAAGGAGGACGAGGAGGACCUGCAGGACCACCUGGAGAUCCACUUCCAGAAGCCCAGCAACUAUGGCGGGGAGAUCGAGAGCAUCAAGUACAACAGCCGGGGGAAGAAGGCUCUGCACGCCCUGUUCAGCGAGGACCGCCUGGAGCCUGUGUAAUGGCAAUAAAGAUAGAUUCUAUUCUAUAUAUUCUAUAUUCUAGCCCGCUGCAGCCGCUGGCAAGCCGUCGGCUCCUGCCAUUGUUUGUAAUCUGAUAGUGUAUGGAUAUAUUAUGGACAUUAAAUUUGCUGUCCUGUUGUGAAUGAUAUGAGGAGAUGUCCAUCUCUAUGUCUUUGUUUCUGUGUUUGAUUCUAUGUGUUUGAUUAUAUGUCUUUGAUUCUAUGGGUUUGAUUCUAUGUGUAUAUUCCAGCCAGGCACUAAUCUGUGACAUUAUUGUAGACCUGGCCUGGGUUUGGUUGCAGCUGAAUGCUGCUGUGUAACCACAGCGCUAUAGGGACGUGGGGACACAGCUGGCCACUGCUGAGUCAUGUGAUCAUACCCAGAUGUGUUAGGCUCUGUUCCCACUCUGUUCACCUGUUUCUCUUCUACUGUACACUGAGCUCAUUAAAGAUCGGACUCAAUCAACA